AUGGCAGAUAAGAAAUUGAUUUCAUCUUCUUCUUCCCGUAGUAACAGUAAUAACAACAACCAUCCACCGUCAUCUUCCGACGAGAUAUCUCAGUUUCUCCGGCAUAUUUUCGACCGUUCUUCUCCUUUAACUUCUUACUACUCUCCGGCCAUGACCACCACCACGGCUUCCACGGCGGCGAUAAGAGUUCAAGGAGACCCACAUGCAGACAACUCAAGAUGUUUCCUUCCGUCGAAACGCGCCGCUGAUUUCUCUGACGUUUUAAUCGGCUCCGCGGCACCGUAUUAUGGUUUAACCGGAGGUAACAACAACAUUGCUCAAGGGAGCAGUUCGGGGACUCGUGUUUCGUCUUCUUCCAUUGGAGCUAGCGGCAAUGAGACGGACGAGUAUGAUUGCGAAAGCGAGGAAGCGGUGGUUGAUGAUGAGCUUCCCUCCUCCAAGUCUCGUAGCUCAUCUAAGAGGUGCAGAGCUGCUGAAGUUCAUAAUUUGUCUGAAAAGAGGAGAAGAAGUAGAAUCAAUGAAAAAAUGAAAGCUCUACAGAGUCUCAUCCCUAAUUCAAAUAAGACUGAUAAGGCAUCAAUGCUUGAUGAAGCCAUAGAGUAUCUGAAACAGCUUCAGCUUCAAGUUCAGAUGUUGACAAUGAGGAAUGGGAUGAACUUGCAUCCUUUAAGCUUACCUGGAACUUCAUUACACCCAUUGCAACUCUCGCAGAUCAGACCUCAAGAAACAACCAAUGAUCCUAUGCUUAACCCCUCCAACCAAUUUGCUUCGACUUCUAAUGCACCGGAAAUGAUAAACAUGACUCCUUCUUCAUACACGUUGGAGCCUUCCAUUCGCAGUCACUUUGGACCUUUCACUCACUUUACUCCUCCACCUGUGGAGAUGAAUCGAGAAGGCGGGUUAGCUCCUCAUCAGAGGUUGAACACUGGUGGUCAUCCUAACGCAAACCUAACCGGAGAACAUGCUGCGUUUGAUGGACAACAUCCUGAGAUAAAAGAUCGACUUACUUGAACAUCAUUCUCAACUUGGGGGAUCUAUGCCUUCUUGUUUCUUAGGUCACAAGCAACAAAGGAAAUGCAUUUUUAACAUUCUUCAUAUUUUCUAAUGUUCUCUAUUUAUCUAUAAAUCCUUGUUGUUGUUAACACCAACUCUAGAGACUAGUCAAU